AUGGCUGAACGCGCUGCUCCUCUCCGUCUGGGCUCUACUGCCCCCAACUUCGAUGCCGACACCUCCAACGGCCCCAUCAACUUCCACGACUUCAUCGGUGACAAGUGGACCGUCCUCUUCUCCCACCCCGAUGACUUCACCCCCAUCUGCACCACCGAGCUCGGUGCCUUUGCCAAGCUCGAGCCCGAGUUCACUGCUCGCGGUGUCAAGCUCAUCGGCCUGAGCGCCAACCACGUCGAGUCCCACCACCGCUGGAUCAAGGACAUCGAUGAGGUCUCCGGCUCCCAGCUCAAGUUCCCCAUCAUCUCCGACCCCGAGCGCAAGGUUGCCUACGCCUACGAUAUGGUCGACUACCAGGACACCACCAACGUCGACUCCAAGGGCAUGGCUCUGACCAUCCGCUCCGUCUUCAUCAUUGACCCCGCCAAGAAGAUCCGUCUCAUCAUGACUUACCCCGCCUCCACCGGCCGCAACACCGCCGAGGUCCUCCGUGUCAUUGAUGCUCUGCAGACCACCGAGAAGCACGGUGUCACUUGCCCCAUCAACUGGCUCCCCGGUGAUGAUGUUGUCAUCCCCCUCCCGUCUCUACUGAGGAUGCCAUGA